AUGGUGAGGGAGCCUUCAAUCGCUUUAAAAACAAUUAUCCCCUUUUCGGACAACCGACAAAAAAAAAGGAGUUCUGAUUGUGACGAUGAAAUACCAUUAAUUAUUCAAGAUUGGACAGAGGAGGCGUAUGAUGAUUGGAAACGGUAUAAGAGAGACCAGGAAAAUAAUUCUCAAAAAUAUCAGAUAUUAACAAGGGAUGGCCCAAAAAAUGUUCCAAGCUCGAAGCUUCGAGUCGGUGACUUGGUUAUAAUUCACAAAGAUCAAAGAGUUCCUGCUGAUUUAAUAUUACUUCGUACAACUGAAACGAGCGGUGCUUGUUUUAUUAGAACAGACCAGUUAGAUGGUGAAACUGACUGGAAACUGAGACUUGCUGUUCCAUAUUGCCAAAAGUUACAUACUGAUUCAAGCUUAUUAUCAAUUGACGCUGAAAUAUAUGCUGAUGCUCCAUCAAAAGAUAUUCACAAUUUUAUUGGUAAUUUUUCGAUACAAAUACCUAGCAAUGUAACAACUCAAAUUGAACCGCUUAAUGUGGAAAACACUUUAUGGAUGAAUACAGUACUUGCAUCAGGUACUGCUAUCGGAUUUGUGAUAUAUACUGGCAAAGAUACGCGAGCAGUAAUGAAUACCAGUCAUCCGGAAACAAAGAGUGGGCUAUUGGAUCAAGAAAUUAAUAACCUCUCUAAGUAUUUAAUUAUUUCACAUGGAUUAAUGUUAGUAUUCUCUUUUAGUUUACGUGUUAAUUUAGAUAUGGGUAAAUCUGUUUAUGCAUAUCAAAUUAUGAACGAUAAAGAAAUACCAAACACGAUCGUUCGUACUAGUACGAUACCUGAAGAAUUGGGUCGAAUCGAAUAUCUAUUAUCUGAUAAAACCGGCACUCUAACAAAAAAUGAUAUGGAACUUAAGAAACUUCACAUGGGAACAAUGGCAUACAAUAUUGAAUCAAUGGAUGAAAUCACGUCUCAACUCGCAGCUGCGUUCGGAAAAGCAAAAUCGUCUGGUCCUUCUGCAACUAUAACUGGAAAGGGUCGCAGAGACAUGUCCUCUAGAAUUAGGGAUAUUGUAUUGGCUCUCGCGCUAUGUCAUAAUGUUACACCUGUUAUUGAUGCAGACAGUGAUGAAAUUGCAUACCAAGCGUCUUCUCCAGAUGAAAUUGCUAUUGUUCGUUGGACUGAACAAGUUGGGCUCACGCUGGUUUUUCGAGAUAUGAACGAAAUACAUCUUCGUACAGCAGAUGGUGAAAUUCUGGAAUACUCAAUCCUUCAGACAUUCCCGUUUACAAGCGAGUCUAAGAGAAUGGGUAUUAUAGUGAAAGAUAAGGCUACUGGGGAAAUAAUGUUUUAUCAAAAGGGUGCAGAUGUUGUUAUGAGUAAAAUUGUACAAUAUAAUGAUUGGUUGGAUGAAGAAUGUGACAAUAUGGCUAGAGAAGGGUUGAGAACAUUGGUUAUUGCGCGUAGGAGGUUAUCUGAAGAUUCAUAUAAUGAGUUUCAACAAAGAUUUAAUGAAGCAAAAGUGAGCAUAACUGAUCGUAAAGCUCAAGAACAAUCAGUGGUUGUUUCAUUUUUAGAACAAGAUUUAGAACUUUUGGGUGUAACCGGUGUAGAAGAUAAACUUCAGGAUGAAGUAAAAAAUACGUUAGAACUUUUGAGAAAUGCAGGAUUAAAAAUUUGGAUGUUAACGGGGGAUAAAAUUGAGACAGCUACAUGCAUUGCCGUUUCAUCAAAGCUGGUAUCGCGGAACCAAACUAUACAUCAAAUAUCACAAGUGACCUCUACACAUGAAGCUUUGGAGCAAUUAGAAGUCCUGCAAAGUAAAAAAGAUACUUGUCUUGUGAUUGAUGGGACUUCGCUUCAGUUUUAUAUGGAAACUUUUAAAAAUGAAUUCAUCGAAAUAGCUGUACGCUUACCAGUUGUUGUAGCUUGUCGAUGCUCACCUACUCAAAAGGCUGACAUUACGAAGCUCAUUAUUGAUUUCACGGGGAAGAGAGUAUGCUGCAUAGGAGAUGGUGGUAAUGAUGUUAGUAUGAUUCAAGCAGCUCAUGUUGGAGUAGGAAUAGUUGGAAAAGAAGGAAAACAAGCUUCAUUGGCGGCGGAUUUUUCCAUAACACAAUUUAGUUACUUGACUAAAUUGCUAUUAUGGCAUGGUAGAAACAGCUAUAAACGAUCUGCAAAACUAUCCCAGUUUGUUAUUCAUCGUGGGUUAAUAAUAUCAGUUAUACAAGCAGUAUUUUCGGCAUUAUUCUUUUUUGCUCCAAUCGCACUUUAUCAAGGAUUGUUAAUUGUGGGGUAUUCUACCGUUUACACCAUGGCACCUGUAUUCUCUCUUGUACUGGAUAGGGAUGUAAAAGAAGAAACAGCAUUUAAAUUUCCUGAAUUAUAUAAGGAACUGACCAAGGGUCGCUCCUUAUCUCUGAAGACCUUCUUUCAAUGGUUAAUGAUUAGUGUUUACCAAGGCGGAGCUAUAAUGAUCAUGUCAAUUCUAUUGUUUGAGGAUGAAUUUGUGAAUAUUGUCGCUAUUUCAUUUACUGCUUUGAUUUUUAAUGAGCUGUUGAUGGUUGCACUGGAAAUCAAUACAUGGCAUUAUCUUAUGAUCGUAUCAGAAAUUGUAACAUUUGCCAUAUAUAUUGUUUCUAUGGCAUUCUUACCGACUUAUUUUGAUUUAUCGUUUAUUUUAACAUGGGUAUUUGUUUGGAAGGUAGCGGUUAUAACAGCAGUUAGUAGUAUUCCACUGUAUAUUGUUAAAAUGCUAAGAAGAAGGUGCUCUCCACCAAGUCAUUAUAAAGUAGUGGGCUAA